AUGGCACCUAAAAGAGCUCGAGGAAGACCCUCUAAUAACCGAGAGAAUGAAGAAGGAAACCGAAACGCGAACCAGAACCUUGACAUAACACAACUUCUAGAAUUGGUACGCCAACAAACAGCCACUAUUGCCCAACAACAACAACUUCUUCAACAAAUGCAACCACCACAACCACCUCCAGGAAAUGUCACCACUUUCAAAACCUUCCAAUCCGUAAAACCCCCAGAAUUCAUAGGAACCCAAGAUCCGGUUGAAGCUCAUGCUUGGUUAAAAGAGAUGGAGAAGGCUUUUGCCUUGACAAAUGUUGGAGAUAAUCAGAAGGUGGAGUAUGCUGCUUAUUUUCUUAAAGGAGAAUCGAACUAUUGGUGGGAAACAGCAAAAGCUUUAGAACCCGAAGGAAUUAUUACUUGGGACAGAUUUAAGAGAAUGUUUUUGGAUAAGUACUUUCCUCGCUAUAUGCAAACACAAAUGGAGAUGAAGUUCUUUGAAUUAAAACAAGAUAAUAUGACAGUUGGGGAGUAUGAGAAGAAGUUCACUGAACUAUCUAGAUUUAUGGGAGAGUAUGUUGAUUCUGAAGAGAAGAGAGCGAAGAGAUUUCAACAAGGACUAAAGCCGUGGUUGAGAAGUCGGGUGGUAGCUUUUGAAUUGACUACUUAUGCUGAAGUAGUUCAAAAAGCAAUGGUAAUUGAAGGCGAAAGUGAGCAGAAUCAGAAGGAGAAAGGCAACAAAAAGAGAAGAUUUGAAUCGGGAGAAGAAGGCACAAGUUACAAGGGCCAGAAUCAAAAAGUUAAUCAAAGGUUUAAACUUCAAAGUGGACCCGGAAACUUCAAGAAGAGAGAAUCUGGGAACAAGUCACAAGAAAACAGAUUUCAAUCGAGUGGACAGAAACCCCUGCAAGGAUCAAUUCCGGAGUGUAAAGUUUGUAAUAAGAAGCAUACGGGGAUUUGCAACAAGGCGAACGUAGUUUGUUACAAGUGUCAUGCAAAAGGCCACUAUGCUCAUGAAUGUAAGAAUCAGAAGGCCAAUGUCACGUGCUACAAGUGUGGUAGAGUGGGACAUGUGUCAAGGGAAUGCAAAGGAGCGGUUAACAAUCAAUUGCUACAAAUGACUGCUAUGCCGUAUCCGAUGAAUCAAGCAACUCCUAUGCCAGCACCAUCAUUUCCAAUGCCUUUCAAUCAACCUCAAAUGGCAUCAUCCUCAUCUCAUCCAGCUUUGACCUAUCCGGCACAAGCAAGGACUUUCAACAUGAAUGUAAAGGAUGCAAUUCAAAGUUCUGAUGUAGUUUCAGGUACGCUUUCUGUGAACGCUGCUAGUGCUAAAGUAUUGAUUGACUCGGGAGCUACAAGGUCAUUUAUUUCGAAGUCUUUUGUUGAUAAGUGGAAUUGUGAAACCCAAUUGAUGCAGGAACCCCUAUCUGUUGUCUUAGCUAAUAAAGAUAGAAUAUCUGUAGAACAUGUGUUCCCCCAUUGUACAAUAGUGAUAGCCGGACACGUUUUUCCUGCGAGUCUUAUUCCUUUCCAGUUAGGCGAAUUCGACGUGAUAUUAGGGAUGGAUUGGUUGACAAGCUUCAAUGCUCAAAUAGAUUGCAAGAAUAAAAGGGUGGUAUUGAGUUCACCACAAGGCAAGAAGGUAACAUUCAAGGGUCAAAGGCAAACUCAAAGAUUUCUUACUUCGAUGCAAGCAAAGAAGAUGAUUCGGAAGGGAUGCGAGGCGUAUUUGGCAUAUGUAAUUGAUAAGAGUAAAGAAGUUUCUAGCCCUGAAGACAUUCCAGUAGUAAGAGAUUUUAUAGAUGUGUUUCCCGAAGAACUUCCUGGCUUACCCCCGGACCGACAAAUCGAGUUUACAAUAGAACUUGCACCCGGCACCGAACCUGUUUCGAAGGCUCCUUAUAGAAUGGCUCCGUCAGAGAUGAAGGAAUUGGCGAAGCAAAUACAAGAGCUAUUAGACAAGGGAUUUAUACGGCCAAGUGUUUCACCUUGGGGCGCACCGGUCUUGUUUGUGAAGAAGAAAGACGGGAGUAUGAGACUUUGUAUAGAUUAUCGAGAAUUGAACAAAUUGACGAUUAAGAAUAGGUACCCUUUGCCUAGAAUUGAUGAUCUGUUUGACCAACUCAAGGGAGCUUCUUGUUUUUCGAAAAUUGAUCUACGGUCGGGAUACCACCAAUUGAAGAUUAAGGCUGAAGACAUACCGAAGACAGCUUUUCGAACACGAUACGGACAUUACGAAUUCCUUGUUAUGGCUUUUGGAUUGACGAACGCACCGGCUGCUUUCAUGGACUUAAUGAAUCGGGUAUUCAAGGAAUAUUUAGACAAAUUCGUCAUAGUUUUCAUCGAUGAUAUUUUGGUGUAUUCAAAGACGAAAGCUGAUCACGAAGAACAUCUAAGAAUAGUGUUGGAAGUGUUGCGAAAGGAGAGAUUGUAUGCCAAAUUCUCGAAAUGUGAGUUUUGGUUGACGGAAGUAAGAUUUCUCGGACAUAUUGUUGGAAGUGAAGGGAUUAGAGUGGACCCGAAAAGAUUGAGGCUGUGA